AUGGAUACCGGACGCUCUAUUUGUCCCUCCCGCACGCUGCCACUCAAGGGAGUGCAGCAUAUCACGUCACCCUCCGUCCCCUCCGUCGUGCUGGGCAACAAACACUUGCCACAGCUGCCGUACAAGCCAAUUGUGUGCGGCGAGGAUGGCUCGAUUUUCACAGCCUCAUUGCGAGAGAUUGGUCCGUCCGCAUGUACGUUAAUUAACAGUCAGAGAAAGGGUGCAACGCAAAAAGCCAUAACAAAGAGCAACAGCGGCAAGAUGAGUAAGAAUAGAAGAGAAGGGGGAAUGGAAACAUGUGUGGCCUCCAAGGCGGCAACCGUUGGUCACAGCAAAGCUCAGGCAUCGCCAUUAAUGGAUGCCAGUGGAGAUGAUUUGCAGCGCUCCCGAUCUCCACAUCUUCAGUCUACACAAUUUGAAAAAUUGUACAAAAAUGUGGCGGUAAAUGCGUUGUCUUUAUCCAAGAAGAUGAAUCAAACUUAUUCUGGGACGAUGGAUAUGCUCAACUCGAUGACGCUCCGCAGUACGUCCAGGGAUUCACUUCCUCCCCUUGUAAACACACUAGAACGCUACAUUUAUCGAGAAAUGGAUGCAACAUUAAGUAGAGGCUCACCCCUUACCGUGCAAGACCGUCUACAGCCCUUUCGUGAGGCUUUUUUUGCCAUUAUUGAUGCGCUCCCGGCGUAUGGCAAUAUUCUCAACGAUAUAAUGAGUGUUUACGACGGUGUUAUUCAAGAACAGGCGAAGUUGCUUGCAGAUAUUAUUACGGAGCAUUCUCAACGGAAUGCUUUUGAGCAGCAAAAUGCCAUUGAGUUGGCCGAACUGAGGUCCACCGUAAGUAAUUUAAUGAAAGAGCUGGAAAAGGUCCAAAACGCGGCAAACGAAGAAACGUUACCCGUUCCCAGCAAUGAUUGGAAUACCAAGUUGGAGCCACGCUUGCAGCGUGCAACACGGACGCGUCAUGAGAACGAAAAGGAGCUGCAGGAUGCCCAAAAGAAGAUUAAAGAAAUGGGCGAGGUCAUCAAAAGUGAACUGGAGAAACAACUUGUUCUUAUUAAUUCCCUGCGGGAAAGCGAUAAACGGACAAAGUCACUGGAGGUUCAAUUAUCCUGCGUCAACAGCCAAAUGGAUGAGCUAAGUGAAUUCAAAGUCAUGGCAGGGGAAGCUCAGAAACAACUUGAAGAGUUUAAAUUAAAAUAUCAGAAUUUUAUUUCUGUGCAGGAUCACGAAAUUAUACGGGACUACCUUAAAGGUGAGUUGCAGGCAGCACAAAAUACGGCUCGCCAGUAUCGUCGCGCAGCCGCUGUACGAGGGACGCAGGUGGAUGUCAUUGAUAGGAAACUAAAGGCUAUCCAAAAAGAAAAUAAGGAGCUUCUUGAAGCCGUUGAGGAUGGCAGGAAGGAAAUUCUCACACCUCGUCCAGAUUGGAAGAAAAUUCACUUGGCCCUUCCUGAGCUUAAGGAUAUUGCAGCUCCCGUUAAGUCCAUUUCGCUUGAGGGUGAUGAAGCCAUCACCUCAAAUGUGGGAGGGUUGACUGAGACAAGGCUCCAGGUGGAGUUUCUCGUGGAGAGCAUCAACUCACUUUCACGGGAACUGCAGCGGCGGAAGAUGGUACUGAUGCCAACAGUCGCACCCACCCUUCCUCUUAUAGGUCAAGGCGUGGAGUCUCAUGUUCCUCUCCAUCUUCGUGCAUGUGGCAUUAUUCCCCGCGUGAGUUUAGAUCCGGUGGAAAUAUUACUUCUUGUGCAUGAUUUUUUUGGUGAUGUAUUGCAACCACAUCCCGACGUUCUUCUACAUACGCUUGAUGUCCCCGCACUCUACAAGGAGUUCCUCCGCGAGCGGAUAAAAAAGAGGGAAGCGCUCAACGGCUUUGUUGGUGCGGAGCAUCUUGCCAUCAAUAUUGCGGAUUUCAUAAAAGAUAAAGAACGUGCUAGACCCUCGUUCUUACUUCUGGAUGGGAUUCUCUCCGGUAUAUUCCCUGCCCGUAUUGCCUGCGAUGUCAUGAUGAUCGUGGAAAAUGUUCGUUUUGAAUUGACUAGUCUUUCAAAAGGACAGAAGAAAACACGCCUUCGUCGGGUAGCGAUUAGUGACUGUAUCGCUCCAGUGUUGCAGCUGAAGACAAUGGAAGAAAUCACCGCCCUUAAGGAUACGAUGGGCUCUGACACAACCCACGAUGUAGAAUCUCUCUGUGCCACGGAAGGGAAGUUCAUGUCUACACUUUUUGACCAGGAAUGUGCAUCGGGUAUGAAGUUUUAUGUAGGAUUGUUGGAAAAGUUAACUUCGUAUUCCCAUUACCGUAGCCCGGAGAGUACUGAGUUGGUGAUUUCUCUCGAAAGUGUGGGGCGGGCAAUUGCUGAGAUGGAGCCGCUAACACCGAAGGUCAUCAUUAAAGAGAUCACAGAGAAACCAAAUGAGGGCAGUAAGGAGGAUGGUGAAACAAUAAUAGGCCUCAGUGACGCGAUACAUCUCUUGGCAGCAGCCCCGGUGAUACGUCGCUCAGUGCAGCCAAAAGCAAAUGGAGAAGUACUUUAG